AUGAGAAUAGGACGUGGAACCAAUCCCAAAAACAAUCCUGAGGAUGUCAUAGGAAUCGCAAGAACAACCCAUAACGGCACAGAAGUGAUAGUCAGGGAUCGAAGGGAAAAUAUCUGGCUUAAUCAACAGACAAGUCAGGAACACUACACGCUGAAUGCAGAUUUUAGGGCAAAUCUAUACUACCAAAACAGAACAGCAGUCUAA